AUGACUUCACCUUACCGUCAAUCAUUCUCAACGCAAUCGACUGACGCACAUCAUCUUGCUGCACUUAACAAGCAAUCCUCUUUACAUUUGGGCGGUCUCCAGACCUCUCAACACACCAGUAACAUUAGAACGUUGCUCUCCCCACCAGAAUCACCUGAUAUGAAGACGUCCGCCAAUUAUUCUUCUCCAUUUGACUCUUAUGGGGUUCAACCAAGAUAUGAAUCCGAAAGAUACGUUCCAGUCCCCCAACAAACUCGACAAGUCUACGAAGAAUCAUGUAGUUGUUGCGCUAAACCAACCCCUGUCUACUCACCUUCGUCUUACUCCUCAUCAUCGAUUUCUUACGCUCAACCUCAACCUCAAAGAUACGCUUACUACCCAAAUUCCAUAACGCAAAUUUCCCCUUAUGAUUGUAAGCCCACCGCCCCUUCCCUUCCACGUUUGAACACGGUCUUGGAAAGUUUGGCCUCUCAAAAACACUUUCCUCACAAGAGCAUCGUUGAUCAAUUAUCGCCAACCGGUUCUUCAAGUGGAAAUCGUUAUCAAUGCCCAUAUUGUUCUAAACGAUUCUCACGUCCAAGUUCACUUCGAAUUCACACUUAUUCACACACCGGUGAGAAACCGUUCGUUUGCACGGAACCAGGUUGCGGAAGAAAAUUCUCUGUUCAAAGCAAUAUGCGUCGUCAUCUUCGAGUUCAUCGAUUGGGAAGACCAGUAAAGAAAACCAGAUACGAUGGUGAAGUUGAGGGUUAUAAAAUGCUUAGCCCGGCUGGCGCUCUUCGAAGUUAUUAA